AUGAAGAAUAUUAUUACUAUAGUUAAGAGCAAUCCUAUUUAAUAUCCAUCAAAAGAUGAUGCAUUGAAUUGGCCCUCAUUUAAUUCUAACAAUGCAAGUCAAUUUCGAUAAAAUCUAGGAAUGGAUAAACUAAAUAAAUAUACAAUAGAAAAAAAAAUUGAGUUGGAGAAUGAAAGGAAUGAGAUUCCUGAAAAACUGUUCAAAUUAUCGGAGUAGUAAUAAAAUUUUUAGCAUAACAACAUUAAUAAAUUGCUUUAAAAAAAUGAAAAUUUUUGGAUAACAAAAUUUAUUAUUUCUGAUUUGAUAAGAGUGAUCUUACUAAUAUUAUCAUUUAUAAUACCAUUUAGUUACAUAGAUACCUAUAAGUAAAAUAAAAUGAUAAUAUUAGAUAUAAUUCAACAUCAUUAAAACGGGGAAUGACAAUUUCAUUAAUAAUCUUAGAAAUCGUUUUAGUUAGUUUAAAAUUAUAUUCAUAAAGUCUAAAACAUCAAUUAAUUAAAAUUAGUUUGAAAUAAAUUUUGAAUCUUAUCUUUUACACAAUCUUUUCAAUUUGGGAACAUACAUUCAUAUACGGGAUCUUAUCAAUUUACUUAUUUUUAAGGAAUUUUCAAAUUAUUGGGAAAUUUUUUAAAUUAUUUACUUUACUAGAUUAUCAGUAUAUAUUUAAUAAAUUUUAUAGAUAGUAAAAAUAUUUGAAAAUUAUUAUUUGUAUUUAUUUUUAACUUCAUCUAUUCAGCUGCAUGUUAGAAGUAGAGUAUUUUAAAUAGUAAUAAGAAAACAUUUCAUAUUUUAAUAGCCUUUAUCAAUCAUUAUUAUUAUCAAUUUUUAUGAAAACAGAAAUGGAAACAGAAAACAAGUAGUUGGUGAUUUUAAAUAUAACAUUUAACAUAGGACUUAUAUUCUAUUUACUAAAAUAGUUAUUAAUGAGCUUGAACGAAAUUUCUAAAUAUUAAUAAUUGUUAGAGACUUAUCAUCUUUAUUUUUAAUCUUAAUUUAUCAGUACAAAAUGUAUUAUAGUUUUGAUCCAUUUUUCCAAAAAUUUUGAAGUUUUGGAAUAAUAUUAAACACAAAGACAAGAAUAGAAGAUCAAUCAAAUUUAUGAUUAUUUAAAAAAUAAAUUAAUAGUUUAGGAGUUAUCAAGAUUUGAGUUUUUGAAUGAAAAAACCUUAGAAAUAAUAGCUUAGAGUGGAGAUUUGAUUUAAAUUGAGCCGUUAAUAGUAAUUUAAAAUUUUGAAUAUGUAGAAACUUAAGUUUGAUAUUGAUGGCUUAUUUAUAAUUCUCACUGGAAAAAUUUAACUAUUUUUUUUGGGAUUAUAAAUUUAAUAUUCAAAUCAUAAAUUAAUUGAAUUAAGUCUGACUGAAAUAUUCCAUAACUAACAAAAUAGAAUAGUAAGAUUAGAAAAAAAUGAUUCUAGUAAAGUUUUGUAUUUUUUUAUUGAAAAAUAAAAGUUUAUUGAUAUCAUGAAGUAAUCGAAGGAAAAGGUAUUAAUAACAAUAAUAAUUAGGAAACUUAUUAAAUGAUAAAGGAUGAUGUAGUGUUAUAUAAUGAUACUUCGUAAUUAAAUAUUCGAUGUUAUUUUUGCGAUUAAUUUCAUUAAAGCUUUGCCUGUGCUUCAUUUAAUAUAAAAAGAAGAUUUGAUUAUAUUUAAACGUAUCAAGAUCGAAAUCCUAGAUAUUCAAGAAAACUCAAUUUAAAGUCAAGAUCUGCGAUAUACUAAUAGGUGAGAAUAAUUCUUAUAUAUUUUAGAUUACUCACUAAGGAACUAGUAACAAUAAUAUUUUUGAAUAAAGUUCUGAUAGUUUUGAGGUACUUGUUGAUCAUUCAAACGAAUGCGUAAGUUUAUAAAACGUUGGACUCGAUAUUAUGGGCCAAUAACCUUCUAAAUUAUUACCAAUAAAAGAAGUUAUGUAAGGUGAUAUUAUAUCAGAUAAGUAAUCUGAGCAUAGCAGCACAUUUUUGAAGAGUCUAGCAAUUAGUCCUAUUAAUAUUAUAAGGCGACCAAUAACUAGUCCUGUUUAACAUUAAGCUAGCGUUAAAAAUACAAAUUAAUCCUUUGAAAUAGAUUAAAUAGAAGAAUACUAAAAAUAUAAAACAAAAUUCAAUAUCUCAAAUAUCAUAUAAUAACUUAAUAAUUCUAGAUAUUGA